CCCCACCUCUUUCUCUCUCCUCACUCUUUCUCUCUCUAAAUCAUUUCCCUAAAUAUCUUUCUUCUUCGGAAUUCGGGCUUCCUAUUUAUUUAUUUAUGAUCGCCACUACAGCUGUGAGGUGAUAACAGAGAAGAAAUUCAAAACAUGGAUUACCCACACGGAAACCACCGCCCCCACCACGGCCGAGACCGGAGAGACGAAGAAGAAGAAGACCACCAUUAUCCUCCGCCGGGACGGCCCCAUCCCCAGCCCUUCUACGGCGGAAACGAGUACGACCCCCCGCCGCCGCAAGUGUACUACCCCGACUCAUACCCUCCCCCACCCUUUUACGGCGGAAAUGAUCCACCGCCGCCGCCGCAAGUGUACCACACUUCCCACAGUGGACCGGGUCCGGACUCAUACCCUUCGCCGCCAUCCUCCUACUCCGAGUACUCUGAUCCGCCACCGCCACCGCCACCCUCCGCCGAGGAAAACAAGCACCACCGCCCUCACAUGCCCCACUUUCCAUCGAUCAUCGAUCACCACAAACAGCACAAGGAGGAUCAAUCGGCGAAGAAACCCGCCGUGAGGAUGUACUGCAAGGGGGAAACGAAUUACUCUCUCACAAUCCGCGAUGGGAAAGUCAUCCUCGCCCGCUCCGAUCCAUCCGACCCGCUCCAGCACUGGAUUAAAGAUGAGAAGUGGAGCACCAAAGUGAAGGACGAAGAGGGUUUCCCGAGUUUCGCUUUGGUUAAUAAAGCCACCGGACAAGCCAUGAAACACUCCACCGGAGCUACUCAGCCUGUCCAAUUGACUCCAUACAAUGCUGAUGUUCUUGAUGAAUCGAUUUUGUGGACCGAAAGCAGAGACUUGGGCGAUAGCUAUCGUGCAAUAAGGAUGGUUAACAACAUUCGCCUAAACGUGGAUGCUUUCAACGGUGACCAGAAUCACGGUGGGGUCCACGAUGGCACUACGAUAGUCCUCUGGGAGUGGAAGAAGGGCGAUAAUCAACGCUGGAAGAUUGUUCCUCAUUGAGGAUCUAUGUACGUGAUUUGCCUGCCUCGUUGAUUUGCAGUGUUUGUGUUUGCUGAUUGGUUUUCGUUACGCUGGCGCCAUUUUUUUCUCGUUUCAGUUCGUUUAUGUUGUUCGAUGUAAAAACAUAUAAUGUACUACUUUUGAUUCUGAUUUUGAAUUGAAAUAAUUGAAGUAUGGUUUGUAUCUCAAGAUCACUUCUCAUGCGUUGCAUGUCUCAGUGUAUGUUCGUGAAUAUAUCUUAAGUUUAUAUUUAAUGCUACAUUGGGACAAA